GUGAUAACCGGUAUAUCGGCAUAUACUCCAGGGUUCUCCAGAUCUUCCUUCGAAUGUUCUUGGCCCUUCCUUCGUAUUUGAUCACGCUACCUAAACUUCAUGAUAAGACAUUGCGCGCUAUCGUCUCCGGCUACCAAAGUGCUCGAUACGAUGAUCAUUGAUAAGAACAAUCGACCGGCUAUUUGCUCUAAAUUCCACUUCACUUCAGACUUGUGUCAGACGGUUGGUCCCGUGUUGCAGCUGCCUGCUGCUGGCCUUCACUAAGAGCACUUGCGCCUCACAUGUGCCGUCCGUAAUUGUGACUUCAGGGCUACAGGAACUUGCGCCCGACGUAUCUUUGUUCGUGCUUUUGGCCGAAAUGACGAAAAGACGCUUUGCGAGUUUGCGUUUCUGGGUCCUUGGGCUAGCCUUUCUCCUUGUCGUAAUCAACGCUCAAACAGCGGAACCUAAAGAAAACUGGCGAGAAGUGAUCAGUUGCCCCAACCACGAUUACUACGAUGCCGCUCUGGGAAAAUGCGUGUCGGAACCUAAAGAGAACUGGCGAGAAAUAAUCAGUUGUCCCAACCACGACUACUACGACGCUGAUCUGGGAAAAUGCGUGUCAAUUUAUGGACCAGACUCUACCGAGCGUUUUCAAGCACCAAUUUCAAGGACACCGCCAUCAAUUGAGAUUGCUGGAAAGCCUCAAUAAUGCCGUGCCAAUAAAAGACAAUCAAGAGGAACUACAGCUAGUC